UCAGCAGCAGAGCCUCAGCACAUAAAAGAUCCAUGCAGCACAGCAGCUGUCAAACAGCCAUAUGAGACCCGGCUGUUAAGCAGCGGCAGCGCCCCCUGCUGCUGCUGCCUCCUUCCUGCACGGACACACGGCAGCCGCCGCCGCCGCCGCCGCAGCAGCGGCAGUGUCUCUCCUGUCACCACCGGGACUGCUUGCCCUCCUAGGCAGUGUGUUACAGCAAUAACCCACUACGCUCAACGACCAGCGACCUGCAGACAAAAUGGUGAACUUCACGGUGGAUCAGAUCCGUGGCAUCAUGGACAAGAAGUCCAACAUCAGGAACAUGUCUGUGAUUGCCCACGUGGAUCAUGGAAAGUCCACUCUGACUGACUCACUGGUGUCCAAGGCAGGGAUCAUUGCUUCAGCGCGUGCCGGAGAGACCCGCUUCACAGACACACGCAAAGACGAGCAGGAGCGCUGCAUCACCAUCAAAUCAACGGCAAUCUCUCUGUACUAUGAGCUUGAAGACAACGACCUGGCGUUUAUCAAGCAGUGUAAAGAUGGAAACGGCUUUCUCAUCAACCUGAUUGAUUCCCCUGGUCACGUCGACUUCUCUUCCGAGGUCACUGCUGCCCUCAGGGUAACUGACGGAGCCCUGGUCGUGGUAGAUUGUGUCUCAGGUGUGUGUGUGCAGACCGAGACUGUACUGCGGCAAGCCAUCGCCGAGCGCAUCAAGCCAGUCCUGAUGAUGAAUAAGAUGGACCGAGCUCUGCUUGAGCUGCAGCUGAACCCAGAGGAUCUCUUCACGACUUUUCAGCGCAUCAUAGAGUCUGUUAACGUCAUUAUCUCCACCUAUGGAGAGGAUGAGGGGGGACCCAUGGGGAACAUCAUGAUUGACCCUGUAGUUGGUACAGUCGGGUUUGGCUCUGGCCUCCACGGCUGGGCGUUCACCUUGAAGCAGUUUGCUGAGAUGUAUGUUGCAAAGUUCACAAAAGAAGAAAAUAAACUGGAACCAGCAGAGAGGUGUAAGAAAGUGGAGGACAUGAUGAAGAAACUGUGGGGUGACAGAUAUUUCGACCCAAGUGCCGGCAAGUUUAGUAAGUCUUCCACUGGUCCUGAUGGCGAAAAACUUCCCCGCACCUUCAGCCAGCUCGUUCUGGACCCCAUCUAUAAGGUUUUUGAUGCCAUCAUGAAUUUUAAGAAGGAAGAGACAGCCAAACUAAUUGAGAAGCUGGGUGUUAAACUGGACUCAGAUGACAAGGAGAAAGAAGGGAAGCCCCUGCUGAAGGCUGUGAUGCGUCACUGGCUGCCUGCUGGAGAUGCCCUGCUCCAGAUGAUCACCAUCCACCUGCCCUCCCCCGUCACUGCACAGAAAUACCGCUGUGAGCUGCUCUACGAAGGGCCAGGAGAUGACGAGGCUGCCAUGGGUAUUAAAAACUGUGAUCCUAAAGGUCCUCUGAUGAUGUAUAUUUCUAAGAUGGUCCCAACCAACGACAAGGGUCGUUUCUAUGCCUUUGGCCGCGUGUUCUCUGGCACUGUGUCCACUGGCCUCAAAGUGCGCAUCAUGGGGUCAAACUUCAAGCCUGGCACAAAGGAGGACCUUUACUUAAAACCCAUCCAGAGGACCAUUCUGAUGAUGGGCCGGUAUACGGAGCCUAUUGAAGAUGUCCCAUGUGGCAACAUCGUGGGUCUUGUUGGAGUAGACCAGUACCUGGUUAAGACAGGGACUAUUACCACCUACGAACAAGCCCACAACAUGAGGGUGAUGAAGUUCAGCGUCAGCCCUGUAGUCAGAGUCGCUGUGGAGGCCAAGAACCCUUCUGACCUGCCCAAGCUGGUGGAGGGACUGAAGCGUCUGGCCAAGUCUGACCCCAUGGUGCAGUGUAUCAUCGAGGAGUCUGGGGAGCACAUCGUCGCCGGAGCGGGAGAGUUACACCUGGAGAUCUGCCUCAAGGACCUUGAGGAAGACCAUGCCUGCAUUCCACUGAAGAAAUCAGACCCAGUCGUGACUUACAGAGAGACAGUGUCGGAAGAAUCAUGCCAGAUGUGUCUGUCUAAGUCCCCCAACAAGCACAAUCGUCUCUUCGUGAAGGCCCGCCCUUUCCCCGAGGGCCUGGCUGAAGACAUCGAUAAGGGGGAGGUCAGUCAUCGCCAGGACCUCAAGGUUCGUGCCCGUUACCUCGCGGAAAAGUAUGAGUGGGAUGUGACAGAAGUCAGAAAGAUCUGGUGCUUCGGUCCAGACGGAAGUGGGCCCAACCUGCUGGUCGACGUGACAAAGGGUGUCCAGUACCUCAGCGAGAUUAAGGACAGCGUCAUCGCAGGUUUCCAGUGGGCGUCUAAAGAGGGUGCUCUAUGUGAGGAGAAUAUGCGCGGAGUUCGCUUUGACAUUCAUGACGUGACACUGCACGCAGACGCCAUCCACCGUGGUGGAGGACAGAUUAUUCCCACAACUCGUAGAGUCCUGUACGCCUCCCAGCUCACUGCUCAGCCACGACUCAUGGAGCCUGUAUACCUGGUGGAGAUACAGUGCCCGGAACAUGUGGUUGGUUGUACCUAUGGUGUGUUGAACAGAAAACGAGGUCAUGUGUUUGAGGAAAGUCAAGUGCCAGGCACUCCAAUGUUUGCGCAGAAAGCUUACCUGCCUGUCAACGAGUCCUUUGGGUUCACAGCUGAGCUGCGUAGCAACACUGGAGGCCAGGCCUUCCCUCAGUGCGUGUUCGACCACUGGCAGAUUCUCGAGGAUGACCCGUACAAACCCAGCACCAAAUCCUCCCAGAUUGUUGCUGAAAUUAGAAAACGUAAAGGUCUGAAAGAGGGCAUUCCUGCCCUUGACAACUACUUGGACAAACUGUAAACACUGAGCCCAGAUUAUAAAAUACCAAAUCAAUCUCUAAACCUUACCCCGUGGGCACUUUAAAAUCUUUGCACAGGCUUAAAGAUACAUUGCACAAAUUGUUUUGACUUUGAGUCCGCAGCAGAAACAAAACUUUAAGCUUUCGUUGUAGGCUAGUGGAAGCAGUGAUGCUUUUUUCAUUUCCCAGCUACAGUACACCAAGUGCCUAGGGCGAGGGUUUUGGGGAACAAUUGGAUCAAAGCAGUUGCAUUUCUUGUUUUUUCUAUUCCUCCACGUCUUCCCCCUUUUCUCCUCUCAUUUACCGGGAUGGGCCUGUAAAGUGCACUGUGAUACUGCUGCAAUAAUGCAUAUUAAAAUGGGUCAGGGCCUGAUAAACCAUGGAAACCACAAUAAAGUGUUUCAGAAGUCAAACUCCCUGGAUGGGAAGUUUGUUCAGUGGAUGUCAGAAAUAAAAACAUUCAGCUCUUUAAAAAA